UAAAGUCUGAGAUAUGAUUAGCGAAUAUGCACUCUUUUGUUUUGUGGAGAAGGCCAAAGCUAUACAAUCUCUUGAAAUAAAGACAAUCUCUUCACAAGAAGAUUUACCGAACAUGUGGGAAUAUGUGAUCAGGAAUUCAGAAUUUAUCUUUGAUCAACUUCACAUGGUAAGGUUUGAUGGUUUUUUGGGUACUAAAAAGGAGCUUUCUUUUUUGGCAUUCAUACUAGCUGCAUCCCCGGUGCUCAAGAAAAUGACAAUAGCACCAGUGAAAGGACAACUACAGGUAAAGCCAACUGGAAGUUAUGGUAAGUUGCUGAAGUUGAAGAAAUUUUCCGGUCAAGUUGUGAUCACUUUUGUGUGAGAUAAAUUAGCAAGUAUUUUAGAAUCUUUCGAACAUUUUACCUUUACUACAAUAAAAAAAUAUUAAUGUUGUUGAGUUUUGG